CGACGAAGACGAAGAAAGCAGCGGGAGACGUUCCAAUGGCCACACGGGAACGCGGACGAAGAGCAACCAGCGUUGGAUGAAGCUGCGCACCACGGUCCAGCUAUCGUCCGCGAUCUCGACGAUCCAGAAGAAGCCGCCGUUGAAACGCGAGGACUCGUUUCUCAAGCGAUUCUCCACCAGACAGAUCCCGGAGAGCCAGGAGACGUUGGACACGGCGGAGGGCGAGGGAGACGCGGCCGACGACAAGGACUCGAGCGGGCGUCGUCGACGACGGCCGAGGAGGCCGCAGAAACCGCCGAAAACCGUGGUGAACCCCGACGAGAAUUUCUACUACUACUGGCUGAUGCUUCUAUCCGGCUGCGUGCUCUACAACCUAUGGACGUUGAUCGUUAGACAAAGUCUACCGGAGCUGCAAGCUCUGGCGCCUGCCACGUGGCUAGCCUGUGACGGCUUCACAGACCUGGUGUUUUUCCUCGACGUAGCGGUGCAGUUUCGUACCGGAUACUUGGAGCAAGGAUUGAUGGUCUACAAUAGUAAAAAGUUGGCCGGUCAUUAUCUGAAGUCGAAGUCGUUCAUAUUGGAUCUGCUGGCUUUGUUGCCUUUAGAUAUACUGCAAGUGAAUCUGGGCAGCAAUCCAAUGCUGAGGUUCCCGAGGUUCCUCAAGAUCUAUCGCGUGUACAAUUACUACUACAUGGUCGAGUCACGGACCGUGUAUCCGAACCUGUGGCGUGUGCUGAAUCUCAUACACAUACUGCUGAUCCUGGCUCACUGGUUUGGCUGCUUUUACUACCUGCUGAGCGAGGCAGAGGGGUUCCAAGGUGACUGGGUCUACCCGUACAGGCCCGGGGAGUACGCGACCUUGACGAGGAAAUAUCUCGGCUCGCUGUACUGGUCCACCCUCACGCUGACCACGAUCGGCGAUCUACCCACGCCGGAGACCAACGCCGAGUACGUCUUCACGAUAGUCAGCUACCUCAUCGGUGUCUUCAUAUUUGCGACAAUCGUCGGCCAAGUCGGGAACGUGAUCACAAAUCGAAACGCGAAUCGUCUGGAGUUCGAGAGGCUAUUGGACGGCGCAAAGACGUAUAUGAGACACCAUAAAGUGCCGGGAGGGAUGAAAAGACGCGUGCUCAGGUGGUACGAUUACAGCUGGUCCAGGGGAAGGAUACAGGGUGGCGGUGACAUCAACACAGCCCUCGGUCUACUUCCGGACAAGCUGAAGACUGAGCUGGCGCUCCACGUGAAUCUGUCGGUGCUGAAGAAGGUCACCAUCUUCCAGGAAUGUCAGCCGGAAUUUCUCCACGAUCUCGUUCUAAAAAUGAAAGCUUACAUAUUCACACCGGGUGAUUCGAUAUGCCGGAAGGGCGAGGUGGCCAGGGAGAUGUUCAUAAUAGCAGAUGGAAUCUUAGAGGUGAUUAGCGAAACGGGAAGAGUUUUAACUACCAUGAAAGCCGGGGACUUCUUCGGAGAAAUUGGAAUUCUCAAUCUGGACGGAUUAAACAAACGCACAGCCGACGUUCGUUCGGUAGGUUACUCAGAACUGUUCAGCCUCUCACGCGAGGACGUUCUGGCGGCCAUGAAGGAUUACCCAGAGGCGCAAGAAAUCCUGCAGAACCUGGGAAGGAAACGAUUGAUGGAGGCUCAGAAGGUGGCCAGAGCCUCGCGACAGCCAACAUCACCCGGCCACGAUUCGUCGGAUAACAGCACGGGCAAAAGGAUCGUCGACAAGCUGAAGAGCGACGUGAAGGGUCUGAAGAACGCACUGAGAAAGAGCAGGCGUAAUACCAGGCCCGAGGAGAGCCUCGAGCUGCAACCGCUAACGUCAAAAGCGCCGACGUUGAAAAGACAGCAAAAAAUCGACGACACUCAAGAUGCCUCUGCGUCGAACGUCCAGGAACCACCUGUAUCGCCUCUAGGCGCUGGUCUGCCGCUGCUAGCUAGAUUAAGAUUGUUGAAAGAGAAAGAGGAACGAGAGGAGCGUCGAAAUCUGGUAGAGACACAGGUGCACACCCCUGAACCACAGCCACCUCCCUUAGAAGCACAGAAUCCAACGAAUCCGAAUCUACCGUUCCUCCAAAGGAUAUUGCUGUUGAAAGCGAAGAACGAACAAGAAGCGAAAGAGGCGGAUAAAGAAGCACCAACUAAAGAACCGCUGCUUCCGAAGAGCGUUAUACCGGAGGAGUCGCAAGAACAAUCGCCGAAACUGACACCGAAACCUCUUCCAAAGCAGCCGUCGGUACAGAGCACGGUUGUAGAACAGAUCGUUAAACCUCCUACAACUCCGAACGCGGAGAAUACGAACAGUACGAACGCGAAGAAACCGUGGGCUAUGUUAAAGGACGCUUCGUUAACGAACAAAGACAAUUCGCCGCAGAGGAGUCCUCCUACGAGGAGGUUACAGUUGAAGCAGAGUCUGGUACACCUGAGACAGCAAACGAAGAUGUACGCGUCCGUGGACGACCUGUCGCCUGAGUACUGCGGUCUGCCAUUCGUCAAGAAACUGAAAAUACUUAACGAAAGGCAGAAGUUAGCGGAGCUCGAGAAGGCGGUCAGGAGUUCGAGUUUGGACUGCGGGGAAAACACGGAACUGGAGUUCGACGGGAACUUGACGAGGAGCCACUCGGAGGCCUGUGCGAUAGAGUACGCGAGGAAGUUGGAGAAAUUGAAUCAGAAUCGACAAGACGCCGCGUCUCCGACGGAUCAAUUGUCACCGGAGAACGAAACGCUAGAAAGGCGGAACCUGAAGAGCAUCCUGAAGAAGUUGUCGGCCGGUAGUAGAACCGGAAGCUCGGAGACCUCGGCGACGAGCACGCCGGAUCGCGAGGCUGCCACCGCCGAAUUAAGAAAAUUGAUGAGAGCACCGACCAUAGAGGGUUACGCGGCGCGACACUCGAAACUCUCGAAGAGCGUGACAUUUAACAAGUAUACGCUGCAGAGUCCACCGUCCGAGCAGAUCCCGGCAAAUUAUCCGCUUGGGUCUCAGUUGUCCGACUCCCAGGAGCAGGCCUCACUGCCACCGCCCAAUAAACUCAGUUUCCGUCCUUUGGGCAGCGGAGGUAUCCUGCAAAUAGUGUCUCGGCCACGUGAAGAGGAAUACUUGGGGGAGCUAGUGUCUGGUAUCAGUGAAGUUGUUAAGGACCGUCUGGAGGACAUUCAGACGAAAUUCGAGAGGCAGUACACCUCCCUGGAGCUCGAGAUCCGUAAGCGGGACGAGAUAAUAUCCCAGCUCCAAGCGAGAAUACAAGAGCUGGAACAAAGGGAGUCUCGAAACGCGGACGAUUCUCUUGGCGACAGCACCGAGCACGACGCCUCGUUGGAGGAGGACCUGGACGACGACAGAGAGGAUCACCCGUUCAUGAGGGACGGUUCGGUGGACACGGUCCUCACCACUCGUCCUCACUACAAACGCUCCUCUCCCUCCACGGAGUCCAGCUCCCAGAACCGAAGAUCCUGGGAGGAGCACUCCGAGGAGGAGACGUUGGAGCUCCAAGAACUGCCUAGUUCGAUAGUACCGCAAUAUUUGUGGAAGGACGAGGUGGCGAUUGACCUGGAGUCGAAUAGCGAGAGUAGCAGGUCUGAAGACGAGUUCGAGGACAGGGCGACAGGCAGGAGCGAUAGUGAGAACGACGAAGACGAGGACGGGGAUGUGCGUCGUGACGGGCACAAUAACUGGGAGGUGGCGAUGCUGGCACAAGAGCUAGAAUCGAGGCGGAGGAGCAGCGAGAACGCGAAUCCGGGCUCCUAG